GGCCAACCCCAAAACUCGAACACAACACGGGCGGCUCCAAACAGCAAAAACAAGCUCGUUUGGGGGAAGCAAGCCGACGACGCCUCGUCUCAAAAGCUGCUCCCACGAAUUCCAGGAGCAGCAACCGAAACUCGCCUCGCGUCCCGUCGCACCCCGCCCCCAAAGACGGCCAAACCCCAAGGCAAAACCCAGCCGACCACCGCUCCCCCGAGACACAGAUCACCACGGCGUCUCCCUCCCACGGCCCGCGGUCCCGCCGGUCACCAUGUCCCGUUGCCAACGCCGCGGCUGAGCGCUCACUGUUCGCUAGUGCUGGGUGAGAGGAUCCGUCCGCAUGCACUCCGCGCGUCCGCCGACCAUGGGCGACCGGGCAUCCGAGGAGCUCGAGCGCCGCAGCCGCUACCUCAGCGCGCUCGUCCGCCGCACCAGGCUCGCCGACCCGCCCCAGCCGGAGCCGGAGCCGGAGGUAGCGGAGGGGGCGAAGGCGGAUGCCGCGGUGCCGGGGCUGAAGGCGGCGGCGCGCGUGGGUGAGGAGGGGAAGGGAGGGAAGGAGGAGGGGGAGACCAAGGCGAAGGAGAGAGCGGCCGUGACGGCGAAGGCGAAGGGGGAGGGGAAGAAGGUGGUGGUGUGCGUGCGCGCCGCGGACAUGGCGCUGCCGCUGCAGCGGCGCGCCGUCCGGAUCGCCGUCGAGGCCGUCGCCGCCAUGCCGCGGCUCGAGACGAAGCGCCUCGCGCUCGCGCUCAAGAAGGACUUUGAUACAACAUAUGGGCCUGCCUGGCACUGCAUUGUCGGCACAAGCUUUGGUUCCUAUGUCACUCACUCCUUGGGGGGUUUCUUGUACUUCUCAGUUGACAAGGUCUACAUUCUACUGUUCAGAACCGCCGUCGAGCCACUCACCCAUCCACAAUGAGACCUUAAAUCUGUUUACUCACACAUGUGUAGAUGCAGGCAAAUUGUAAUUUUGAAGUUAUUAGAUGAUCCUCGAUGCCUUUGAGUCGAAAUCGAGUAGUAGAGGUAAAUUAUCCGCACACAAAGCAUAGAACGGCCAAGCCUUUGUAGCUUCUACUUUGUACCACGUGAGGAGUUAUGUGUCCUGUGUAACCAUUGUUGUAUUAUGUGGUUUUUACAGAGCUGUAGCCUGACUUUUGAAAUCUCAACAUCAAGGUUUACCUCAGUUUCCAAUAAUACUCUGGUUUUGACAUUAGAGCUA